AUGGAGAGGGACAGCGCGGGGAAUGGCGAGCGCGCGGAAACAAGCGGGGCAGAAGCGGAAGCCGUGCAGGGGGGACCGGAGGAGCCGAUAGAGGCGGCAGGGGCAGGCGAGGGGGAACGGGGGAGCGACGCGAUGGAGGACGAUGGGGGUGUGGGGGAGCGCGAUGGCGCGGCCGCGGCUGAGGCGCGGAAUAACGAAAGGGAAGCGCCCGGGCGGCGCAGCAAGGAAGGCACCAGCGGGCGGCGCACAGGCGGGCGAGACGCGAGUGGGCGAGGAGGGGCCGAGAAAUUGGCGGGAGAGGGAUUGAAGGCGAGGGGUGAGGGGCGGCGCAGGAGCGAGGGGGCUGCGAAUUUGAACGGGGAGCCAGCGGAGGGCGCCAAAGGGAGGGGCGCGGGACCGCGCAAAGGCGAGCGCGCGGUGAGGGGGAGUGCAGGGAAUGCCACGUCGUCCCCCCGCUCGAAUGGCAGCAGCGGGGCGGCGAGGGCAAGCGCGCGGACCCCUGGCAACAGCAUGGCGUCUCCGCGGAACGCUGCUUCUUCCGCCACUGCUGCCGCGCGGGCAGACGGCCCAGGGGCGGCAGCAGAGAGCGCAGGGGAGGCAGCAGAGAGCGCAGGGGCGGCAGCAGAGAGCGCAGGGGCGGCAGCAGAGAGCGCAGGGGCGGCAGCAGAGAGCGCAGGGGCGGCAACAGAUAGCACAGGGGCGGCAACAGAGGCGGCAGCAGGGAGUGCAGCGCCAGCAGCAGCGGAGAAGAGGCGCGCGAACGGGGGAGACGCGGAGGGUGGGGCGGAAGGUGAAGACUCUGGUGAGGGGGAGAGUGUGACAGGGGGAGGAGGAGGGCCCGCGCAGGCGAUGGAGAGUGCAGGCGGAAGCGAGCAGACGACACAAGGGGAGGUGGCGGAGGAGGCUGUGCGGAACAACGAUGGGGGCAGCAAGGAUGGGGGGAAAAAGGGUGCGAGAGAGGGAGGAGAGGGAAUGCAGGGAGGGGAGUGUGCAGCGGAGCCAGGCUCUGGUAAAGAGGAGGAGGGGUGCAAGGAGGGGGAGGCGGGUGGAGGCAAGGGGACCGGAGGGGUGGACGGGCAAGAUGGCGGGGUGGGUGGUGUUGAGGGCGAUGCGGCAUGGCAGGCAGUGAGGGGGCGGUUAGAGUCCUGCCCGCCCCCACAGCAGAAGGGGCAGCGCCCGCUGCUGCAGCGCCAGGCGCUUCCGCAGCGGUGGGCGGGGCAGAGCAAGCCGCAUGGGGUGCUGAGGGGGACGAGCAAGUUCCAGAGCAGCAUGAGGAGGGGGAGGGCGCGGAGGGGGAGGCGGAGGGCGCGGGGGGGGGAGGGGCGGGGGAGGCGGGUGCGGCGGGUGCGGUCGAUGGACGCGGCCUUCUCCCCGCUGCUGGCUGCCGACCCCUCCGCCUGGCAGGCCGCCGGCCGCCCCGCGUGGCACGGCGUCAUGGGGUGGGGCGCACGCGUGGUGCGCAGCCUUGCCAAGGGCGGGCUGGGGGGGAAGCGCGCGGGCAGGGGCGGGAAGGGUAAGGGCGGGGCGGAGACAGAGGGUGAGGAAGAGGCGCGGGCAGAGGAGGCGGCGGCGUGGGACGCGUAUGUGCUGGCGGGGGACGCGAGUGCGGGGGGCGAUGGCGUGGUGGUGCUGCCACUGGGGCCAGCAGGGGUGCCCCGCACACACACUGCCGGGGAGGUGUGGGCAGCGCCGCCUGGCGUGGGCGCUGCUGUGGCGGGGCUGGGCGGGGUGCAGCGAGGCGGGGCGGGCGUGGGGUGGGCGCAAGCGGCGUUCCCCCGCAGCCACUCGGACAGCGUUAGGGAGAGCCGCGCCGGCCGCCGCGCCGCCUCCCUGCUCGCCCCUGGCGGCGGUGGUGGUGAUGUGUGGGCUGGCGCAGCAGCGGCGGAGAGGGUGGUGGUGCUGCGGACCAGUGGCGAGGGGGGUGGGGAGAGAGAGGCGCAGCAGAGUGGCGCAGGCAGAGCAGCGGUGAAGAGUGCGGACGCAGAGGGGGAGCGGGAAGGGGGGGCCACGGAUGGGGAGGCAGGGCAUAGAGCGAGCGCGGAGGAAGGGGGGGAGGAGGCGGGCAGCAAGGGGGGGGCGAGUGGCGUGGCGGAGCAGAGUGCAGCAGAGGCGAGCAAGGCGCGCGCGGAUGCAGUGCUGGCAGCGGCGGUGAUGGCGGCGAAUGCAAGCACCAAGCCACAGUGGGCCUCGCAGCACCAGUGGCACACGCAGCCACACGACCCACAAGGGCAGGGGGGAGGAGGGGGGACAGAGGCAGAGGCAAUGGAGGAGGAGAGGAGGCGAGCAGAGGAGGCGGAGAAGAAGCGAGCGUGGGACGAGGCGGUGAGGGUGGUGCGGCUGAGGGAGCAGCAGCGCCGCCAGCAGGCCGCUGCCGCCCUCGCUGCUGAGGAGGCUGCACGGGGCGGCAGAGCGGGCGGCAAGGGAGGGCAGGCAGCACGGCGCCUGGCGAGGCGGCGACGCCGCGUGGUGGCUCGGCUGGUGGCGGAGGUGGGAGAGAGAGGGGAAAGGGCUGGGAGGCUUAUUUUGGGGGAAAGGGAGGCUCCGACGGGCGAGCUUCGGGAGGCGGUGGAGGGCAGGAGGGCGAGGAGGAGUGCGGUGGAGUACCACCUUCUGCACGCCGGCAUCUUCCUCCACCCGCCUGCCAACCCCUCCCCGGAGGAGGAGGAGGAGGCGCGGAGGGAGGCGGCGGAGGUGGAGUGGCUGAGGGGGGAGGUGAGGGUGGCGCGGCGGUGGAUGGACGUGCAGCGCCUCGUGUGGAUCAACCGCGACCGCCAGCACCGCUCCCUGCUGCGCCGCGGAGGGCAUGAGGAGCAGCGCGCUCAGCUGCAGCACAUGAUACAGCAGCUGGAGAGUCAGUUGUCGCAGCUGGAGCGGCACGAGGGGCUGCUGAGAGAGGGAAACUCGCAGCUCAACGAGGCGUUGGCGCAGGGCACGGCCCUGCCAGCAGCAGCAGCGGUCAUGCUCUCCUUCGCAUCCUUCUCCUCCCUGCCACCGGACCCCGCCUCCUCCUUCCCCCACGACCUCUCGCUCUCCGACCUGCCAGACGACGCCUCUCUCACCUCCGAGCCGCACUCCUCCGCGCUGCCCCCCUGGCUCGCCUCGCCCUCCACCGCCUCCGCCAGCCCCGCGCCCUCCAUGGGCCGCCCCCCCUCCGCCUCGCGCCGCUCCCUGCCCGCCUCGCACUUCGCGCAGCCCGCCCCCCACGCGCCGUCGCCCUCCCCCCGCCACAGUGCGCGCAGCCUGAGCGGCCCGCUGCCCUCCCCGCGCUCGCGCUGGCGCUCGCGCUCGCGCAACGCCUCGGGGCGGCGCCAGGCGCUGGAGCCACUGGCAGUGGGGGGAGGGGCGGGGGGAGGCGAGGGCGAGGAGGGGAUGUCGGACGAAGCGUCCCCCCAGCCCAUGUGCGCGCCCUUCACCCCCACCUCCUCCCGCCGCGCCAUCGACCAGAGCCGCGGCGCCCUCGAUGGCCGCAUGACCGGGGUGGCGGAGAGGGAGGCGGGAGAGGAGGAGGAGGACAUGCAGGGCGCUGUGGACACAGGCGCACUCACGCCCUCGUCGUCGCGCUUCUGGGGCUCCGCCCCUGACAGACGGCAGACCGACCGCGAGCGAGAGCGGGAGAGGGAGCGGGAGAGGGAGUGGGAGCGGGAGAAGGAGAGGGAGAGGGAGAAGGAAAGGGAGAAGGAGAGGGAGCGGGAGAGGGAGAGGGAGCGGGGAGGGGGAGGCGGGGCGAUGGAUCUGGCGGCGCGCUUCACUCGCGCGCUCUCACUGGCGCGCACCGAUGCAGACAAAGGGGGGGGUGCGGGGGCGAAGGGGGAGAAGGAGAAGGCGUCAGGGCGGUGGUGGGGGGGCCUCAACACACCGAGCUCACGGGCGGUGGGGCCGGCAGAGGCAUACCGCGUGGAACCUGGAGAGGGCUCCACCAUCCUGCACAUCUUCCACCAGGUCACACCCCAUCCUGCACAUCUUCCACCAGGUCACAUCUUCCACCAGGCAUCACGGCGCAUGCGCAGCAUGGAGGCGGGCGACUUUGAGAUCGCCGAGUGCGAGCUCUUCACGGCGCGGGACGACGUGGACGACCUGAGGGCGCACCCCAACCUGCUCUCCGAGCACAUGCUCAUCUGCCUCCUCCAGAUCUACCGCCGCCAUGCCUUUGGCGCCGUCACAUCGCCCGACCGCUUUGCCACCACGCCGCGCUCCGCCACCUUCGGCUCCUCCACCCAGCCCCUCUCCUUCCCCGACCCGCCCCUGCCCCGCCCCCCCCACCAACCCCCUUCGCGCCGCCGCACCUUCUUCCGCAGCCGCAGCGCCGCCAACCCCUCCUCGCACUCCCCGCGCUCCUCCCCCCGCCGCCACAAGCGCGCAGCAAGGGGGGGCGGGGAGGGGUACGGCAGCGACGAGGACGCGGCAGGGCGGCCGUACCCGCAGGCGUAUGGCGGCGUGGCGGUGGGCGGCGGGCCGUGGGAGGACGGCGUGAGCAGCACGGACGGGGAGAGCCCCUCGGGGCUGAGAGGCGCGCGGCACGGGUGGGACGACGGGGACGGGCGGGGGGGGCAGUGGCAGGCGAGGCGGGGGAGGCGGAGGGGUGGGGGAGGGAGCAUGGAGGAGGCGACGUUGACGGAGGUGUCGGAGUGGGAGGAGGUGGGCGACGACGACACGGACGUGGACCUGCGCCACCUCCGCGCCUCCGAGCUCGACCUCCUCGGCCCGCCCUCCGCCUCGCCGCUGCGCCCGCGCCUGCGCCCGCGCACGCCCACCACACUCUGGCUGCGCCACCGCCACCGCCACCACCGCUCGUCCGGGGGGGGCAGUGGGUGGGGCGCGGGCGCACAGCAGCAGGGGAGAGGCGGCGAUGUGGCAUCGCCGUACAGCAGUGGGAGGAGGGGGGGCGGUGGACACGGGGAGUUUCCAAACCCCAGCACGCCCAGCAGUGGCAGCGCUGCAGCAGGCGCUCUGCGGCUGGGGAGAACAACGUCCACCCGCGUGGUCACUGCUGUCGCCCGCGUGCUGCCCCCCCCUGCUCCCUCCGCCCCCGCUGCCACUCCCCCUGCUGCUGGCGCUCCGGGGGCUGGGGCAGGGGCGAAGGGGGGUAAGGAGAAGGAGAAGGAGAAGGGAGGGAAGGGGAAGCAAGGGGUCAAGGACACAGCAGGCAGCGCAGCAGCAGCAGCAGGAGCAGCAGCAGCAGCAGCCGCAGCAGCUGCUGCAGAGAAGGGCGAGUUGGGAGCAGACGACUUUGAGAAGUUUUUCGGAACGAGUGGAGAGGUGCCGGCGCCCACGGAGUGGAGUGCUUUGAGCAGCGCGCAGCUGGACCCAUACAGCGUGUUUGGCGAGCACCCGUGCCCCGACGCGGGCAACUACAUUCAGAUGCUGGCCGUGCAGCACCCGCCCUCCGAGGCCACCAUGACCCACGCCGACGCCACUCGCCUCCUGCACUUCCGAGCCAUGGCAGCGCAGCUGGAGGAGGUGGACCCAUCACUGCUGGCUCACAACGAGCGCCUGGCGUUCUGGAUCAACAUCUACAACGCCAUGCUGCUCUACAUCUACAUCGUCAUCCCCGUGCCCACUGACUUUGCUGACCGCAUCGCUCUCUUCAGCAAGGUGGGCUUCCUGAUAGGCGGCCAGCUGUACAGUGUGCUGCUCAUCGAGCACGCCGUGCUCAGAGCCGCCACCCACAAGCCCUACAUUAUCCGCGCCCUGCCCAGCACCACGUUCCGCCCCGACGAUGCGCGCUCGCUGUGUGUGCUGUCACGCGCCGAGCCUCUCGUGUCCUUCGCCCUCUGCUCCGGCACUCGCUCCUCGCCCUCCAUGCGGGUGUACCGGGCGGAGAGUGUGCAGCAGCAGCUGCGCGGCGCCAUGGUGGAGUACCUGGGGGCGGCAGUGAGCGUCAACGAGGCCAAUAAGAUCAUCAUCCCCAAGCUGCUGCACUGGUACCUACCGGACUUCGCACCGGACGUGUGGAGUCUGCUGGAGUGGCUGGCGAACGUGCUGCCCACCAACCAGGCCGUCGUGCUCAUGAACUGCCUCCCCACCGGCGCUGCCAACGUCUCCGCCUCUAAGUGCGUCGUCGUCACGCCCUUUGACUACCGCUUCCGCUACCUCAUCCCGCCCGUCCUGCCCAACUAG